AUGUCUUUCGAAUUCGGUACCGAAGCGUUUCGUCCUGCCUUUGACGAUCGAGAAACGCCCAAGAUCUCGUAUGGUCUGCGGUUCCCGGAAGCCUGCUUGCGGCACUGUAGAGACACCUUCUCCAGCUCCCGGGUUUACAUCAUCUGCUCCAAGUCGCUGUCGCAAGCAACGGAUGCACUCGACCGUCUCACCGCUGCACUCGGCAACCGAGUUGCGGGAGUGAGGAUCGGUAUCAGCCCCCACACGCCGAUAGCCCAGGUCCUGGAGGUGGUUGAAGAUGCCCGCGAUCGCGACAUUGACUGCCUGGUGACCCUCGGCGCUGGCAGUCUUACAGAUGCUGCCAAACUGGUGCGUUUGGCUUUGGCCAACUCUGCUACCACAGAGGAGGAUAUGAAUACUCUCUGGGGCACGACAGAGAGCAAUCCAGCGCUGCGAAAGGACAUUGCCAAACCGACCAUUCCUCUCAUUCAUAUCCCGACCUCGCUCUCCGGGGGCGAGUAUCAGGCCAUCGCCGGCGGAACAGAGUCCCAAGGCCACGCCAAGAGGACCUUUCACUGCGAAAAAGUCGACCCCGAGCUCGUCAUCCAGGAUCCAGAGCUCUGCCUCACCACGCCCGCCUGGGUAUGGCUCAGCACCGGCAUCCGAUCAGUGGACCAUUGUGUAGAGACGCUCUGCUCGCUUCUAUCAAACGAAAAGGGCGACACUUGGGCUAAGAGAGGUCUUCCAAAACUGAUCUCGGGGUUGUUGGAGAGCAAGGCAAACCCGAAAUCGCUGCAAGCCCGCCAUCUCUGUCAACUUGGUGUCAUCGAAGCCAUGUGCGCUGUGUCGAGCGGUGUCCCUCUUGGAGCCAGUCAUGCAAUCGGACAUCAACUUGGACCUCUCGGCGUCGGCCAUGGCGAGACGAGCUGCAUUCUGCUACCGGCCGUGUGCAAGUUCAACCUAAAGUACAAGGCAAACGUCGACCGGCAGGCCAUGGUCAAGGAUUUGCUGCUGGGACAGGCGGAGGUCAAGCAGCUACUAGAGUCAAAGGGACUUGAUGGAAAAGAGCCAGACCUCGGUGAUGUCUUGGCGGCUGUGAUUUCGGCACUCGAGAUGCCCCGGUCGCUUGAAGAGGUGGGCAUCGGUCGAGAGAGCCUCGAUACACUUGCGCGAAAUAGUCUGGAGGACAUAUGGAUACGGACAAACGCCGUGCCAAUCACGGAGGAAUCCCAGGUCAGAGAGAUUUUAGACAUGUGUGCCAGGAAGCAGUAG